UCCGAUUGUGUCAGUUUUAAUUACAAACUCUGUAGCGAUCAUUUCGUAGUUUCUAUAAUAUUUUAAAUUUACAUUUGUUUGCAUUGAUUAAUUUCAAGCGCUUUGAAGUUGAAUAUGAGACGAUCCUCUGAAACAAUUGGUUUAUGUUUGUAAACACUCCCAUAAAAUUGUUAUGUGCUACAUAUGCAGUUGUUUCACGUGGACAUUGGAUUUGAUACAGAGGAUAAUAACGUUUUGCCUGACAUGUUUCCUGGCAUUCUCAGUGUGUUGUGGCAUCACCAUUGCUAUUGUGGCGGGAAUUGCCUAUGGAUACAAUUACUCUAUGGCAGAGUUCCUCACUUUCACCAGAUCCGAUGUCACAGUAUACAUGCGUCGUGGCCAGUUCUACGACGCACCCGAAGUACGAUCCAAAAGCCGAAGAGCCGGAGACGAAAAAAAUUUAUUCUCAACGAAAAUUGCUGAUCAUGUAGAGAACAAGCCUCCGAGCACGGAUACGAAGUUACUCUCUAAAACGUCGGUAAAGACUGAAGAUAUCAGAAAGUAUGCCGAGAAACUUACAAAAUAUACUAUCUCGACUGAUUACGUACAGUUAACUCGUACGACAGAGAUGCCUGCAACACCAAUGGAUUAUCAAAAGCCAGUUUAUUCUACGCAUAUCCUCACACGUAUUUCUAUUACACCGAACCCUCUAAUUUCGACAACCAUAUUAAUUAACGGGAAUUCUGAAAUAGUCAUGAGGAACUUCGAACCAGUUCAUAUUACAGCAAUGUCCGGCAUCGAAACAACUGAAGAUUAUCUUUACAACGCACCUGAUUUUGAUGAAAAGAAGAAAUUAGUAGAUCCAACAACGACGUUGGAGAUUCCUGAUAUAAAUAUUCGCUUCAAUAAUAACACAGAAAGGAAGUUAAUACCGAUACGCUACUGGGGAACUAUCAGCAAACCUAUCUUUGACGAUUACCCUAAGGAUGCAAACGAGGACACUUUAGUCCAUAAGCCUUAA